AUGGAAAGGGUUAAGGAAAAAUUAUCCGCUCUCCGAACUGAAGCCGACGCUGCAACUAAACGCGCUGAAGAGGCUGAAGAUGAGUUAAAAAAGGUCUCUCGAGAAUUGACAGCCAAAGAACAAGAUAACAUCUCGCUUCAAAAUAAAAUUUCACUCUUGGAAGCUGAAGUCGAACGAGCUGAGAAAAAGAUUUCGGACGCUAAAAUUGCCAAGGAAGAAGAAGAAAACUCCAAGAAUACGUCUGAAAAUCUUGCGAGGAAAGUAGCUUUGCUCGAAAAUGAAUUAGAUAAUACUGAAAAAAAUCUAAGAGAGACUACAGAGAAAUUACGUCAAACAGAUGUAAAAGCAGAACAUUUUGAACGUAAGGUGCAACAACUUGAAGCAGAAAAGGCAGAAUUAGAAAAGAAACUUGAUGAUAUCACUGAGGAAUACAAUAAAACUAAACAAAACUUGGAGGAUACACUUAAAAGCUUUGACGAAUUGUAA